GCUAUCAGAUUGGAGACGACUGCAAGCCUGCGUGCAAGGAUGAGAACAACAACUAUGAUGUCACCAAAGAAGGCGCCACCCUGGGAACUAUGAAGUUCUACCAGGGAUCCGAGCUCUACAUCGAGUGGCACAAUCAGCAUGGCUGCGGGGUUGGACAUCCCAAUCUUCAUUGCCAGAUCAUCCUCCAGUACAUGAGUGACAGCGACAACGCAAACUUGAGGGACGGCACUGACCAGGACUCUGCUGGUGGGGACGACAACGAUCCCACAGAGGAGGCAACUGCCGAGGUCGCAAGAGGAUACCACGAGCCGUUUGACUACUACCAGGCGUGCAUCGCGCGUGAACGGAACAAGGGCCUCUACACGGCAGAUCAGCAGAUUGAAGAGAAUGGUGGGGCUACAUCCACUCGUCAGAAUCCCAACGGGAACGGACGCCGCCGUGGGAACCAACGCCAUGGGCUGGAGUGCCCUGAGGAGAGGGAUUACUAUCCCUACUGGCAUCCAUCCCCCUGGCACGACAUUGCCAUUCUCACUGAUGAGCCCCAUACUCGAUGCGAUUAUUACCGCGCUGAGUCCCAGAACGUGAAGCCAAAAGGCAUCUGCUCAGAUCCCCUGUACAACCAGGCAGAUUCAUGCACCGGGAAUGGUGGAGAAUGGACGGAGGUUCCAGCCUUCAAUGAACCCCCGCCAGAUUGCGUGGGAAGCAUCUCUAGCAGGGACAACCACAACGGAAACGUUCGCAACGGUCAUGCGCACUACUACGUGUGGAAGAUUCCGGAGUACCUGACGGGACGAGUUGUGUUGCGAAUCCGUUACAACAUCAGUACCGGUGACUUUGGCAUUGGCUCUCUGGCCAACCCCAAGGAGGAGGGUGCUGAGCUCACAGGAACCCGCGCCGACGAAUUCUUCAUGGACAGCAAGUUUAAUGAUCCCAACCCAGGGGACCGACGGCGAAGGACCUUCGCUGGCAGACCUGCUGUACCCAUUCCUUUGGCACAGGAUCCCGUGGCAGACUGGCUGAAGCUCGGAGAGACAAGUGCAGAUCUAAGCCGAUUGCUGCAGAUUCAAGUCAACACCAACCAGUACGGCCGAACUUUCGAAGACCGAACGCACAGCUUCAUGGUUAUGGAGAGGCCGGCAGAUGUGCCGAUGAGCAAGAGAAUCGUGAACUACAAUGUGCGCGGCCGUCGUGGAAACAUUGUGCAGGUCUAUCCUUCCGUGGAGUAUGAUUUCAUCCCGCCUGAACUGGAGGUUGAGCAGGGAACCCUCCUGCACUUCCAGUGGACGGGAUCAGAUGCUAACAACAAUGGAAAUGCAGGCAACGGCCGAGCUGGAACGGACCGGUCAAAUCUGGUGCAGGUGCAGUCCCGCUCCGAAACAGUCCCGUUGCCAUUGGAGAAGCACACCUUGCUCUUCAAUGCAGCAGAGAAUCCGGGUGAUCAGGCAGGCCGAAAGCUUGUGGACCGCUUCGCUUACUUGGACCAGGACGGCAUUGUCACAUGUGAUCCAGACACCAACGACCAGAACUCAGAGACCAACUGCAAGCAGCUCAAUGGAGCCUCUGCAUACUUUGACGGCGGCCUUGUGGAGAUGAAGACGGUUGGCAGCCAUCACAUUGCCAGCACCAGGAACAAUGACUUCACGAAUCGUUCGCACAAGGCAAGUAUCAAAGUGACAGGAAUUUCACUGGAGCUCUAUGAGAACAUUGCACUAGGAGUCGGCACGUUCUGUGGAGUGGUCCUCAUUAUCUACGUCGCUUGCGCCAUCCACGCAGUCAGGAAGCCUGGAAGUUGGCUCUUCUCCCGCCGCUAUCGACCUCGCAUACUGAACUGGGUGGUUGGAAAGGAGCGCAUGGCUCGUCUGGUUGAGCAGCGUCGCGUGAUCGUGGCGCAACAGAGGAAGGAGUGGGCCAAGAAGGCGAAUGCCCACGCUGUGGACGAGGAGGGUGCUGAGGGGCCGGCAGCCGAGGUUGCAUUGCCCGAGGAGUCCAUGACAUGGUUCCAGAGCAUCAAGCGCUGCUUCCGGAAGUGCGGUGUCGGCGAGCAGCAGCUGACGACAUUGAUGUAUGCUGUCCUCAACGUACUGGUCUUCCUCAUUGGCUUCCUUUCCAACAUGAAAGGUGGUUUCCACGAGUCCUGGGCCUAUCCUAUUGCCAAGGCUGCCAGAGGGCAAGUUGAUGUUGGCGCAUUGGCUUCAGGAUCAGCCGUUUUGCAGUUCAAGCUAAGGCUUUAG